UUUUAAUGGUCAAAUAUUCACAUUUCCUUUAAAAAGAAAAAUAAAUUGUCCAGUUACACAUUUACAUUUUGAUGUAAUUGAGCAUAAUUUUCAGAUCAACCAGUGUUUGUACUCAAGGUAAACUGUCAUGGUGUAGUUUAACAAAAUACUUUUUCUGAGUCAAACAGGAGGAGUCAUUAACUGGCUUAUCUGCAUUUCCCCGAGUCAACCUGUGACCAGACACAAAGACCUCUGACCUCUGAACCAGGCCUAGAGCCAAGCACACAGAUGUGUGUAUUGUCCGGCGAGCAGCAGUGCCUCGUGUUCACUUCAGCUAAUGAUGUGUGUGUGGGUGUGCAUUCACCGUUUACACACAUUACUGUAGAUUCCAGCCCUCCACGUUCACAUAAACACACUUUACUGGAGCAGACACACUGUAAGUGCCACUGCCUGUUCUUUCUGUGGUUUAUAAGACUGAGUGACAGAUGGAUCUGGAGUUUGUCUCAUUUGUUACGAAUGUGACCGGUGAUUGUGUGCAAUAGAGCAAGACGGUGUACGUGAGUUAUGUGUUUAUAUCCUGUUCUGCUGAGCAAAGGUCACCUUUCAAGACAGCAGCGCUGCUUUGUGUUUGAUUUGUAGUCUAGUGCUUUCUUAGAAGCAUAUGUUCAUAUCUUUUCUUUUUUACUUGAGAAUCAUGCUUAGAUGGCUAAAAGGCUUUCUCAUACGUAAAACGUUAAAUAUGCACGUUUUCUUUUCCAAUAGAUUGCAAUAUCUACAAACAAACUGCGACGGGCAGUGGUGCAGGUGGGCAGGCGACUGGACGUCUCACCUCCAGACGCAGCUUCCAGAAAAGGCCUGUCUUCAGAGAACUGAUUGCUGAUAUGGUGGAAAUAGCACUGGAGCUGUGACUUUGGUGCCCUGAAUGAAUCAUUUCAGGGUCUGUGGGUCACGAUCUGUGAGUAUUUAAUGCAGAAAUGCAGUCCACAGGGCAGGAGGAAGAAGACCGCUGUAACUUUCUGUUCAAGAUCAUCCUGAUUGGUGACAGUAAUGUGGGAAAGACCUGCGUGAUCCACAGCUUCAAGUCUGGGCUCUUCAGUGACAGCCAGCACAACACUAUUGGAGUAGACUUCACCGUUCGCACGAUAGACAUCGAUGGCAAGAGGGUGAAGAUGCAAGUCUGGGACACGGCAGGACAGGAGCGUUUCCGCACCAUCACACAGAGUUACUACCGAAGCGCUCACGGCGCCAUGAUCGUGUACGAUCUGACCCGACGGCCCACCUUCGAGUCUCUGCCGCACUGGAUCCAGGGUGUGGAGCAGUAUGGAGCCGCCAACGUGGUCUUCGUUCUGAUAGGUAAUAAGUGUGACCUGGAGGCGCAGCGGCAGGUGCUGUUUGAGGAUGCAUGCACGCUAGCGGAGCAGACAGGUGCACUGGCAGCGCUCGAGACCUCGGCCAAACAGCAUCACAACAUCGAGGAAGCGUUCGAACUGAUGGCACGGGAACUCAUAGAGCGACACGGAGGAAUAGUCCAUCAGGACAGCCAAUCAGAUUCACCGACCGUUUUCCUGCACUCAGACUCUCAUCCAGUAGAUGAAGGAGAACAUCUGGAGAAGAGGUCAUGUGACUGCUGACUGGCAAGCGACAGAUUUCAAAAUUUUGGAAUCUUCCAUUUUGGAAGGCUUCCGAUGUAAUUCACUUCAAGUUAUUUUAAGUUAUGCUGGUCGAAGUGCUAUUUGGUUAUCAUAUUAUUUUAAUUUAUAAUCAUAAACAUACUGUUUUGUUGCUCAAACAGCUUUACCGUUUACCACACUUUGUUAUUCCUGUAGAUAUUUAUCCAUAGCGGCUAAUAAAUAGGAAAUUCUGCAUAUUGCACACUAUAAUUACUAAAAAGCUGUCAUAUAUUUCAGUUUAUCUCAAUCUUACAAAUGUCCGUUACAAUUAAGAAAUCUUUAAUAUACACUGUGUCUACACUUUGUUUAUAUGAUGAGAGGAUUCCUUGAGAGCAACUACGACCUUAGCAACUUCAAAACUCCGGUGUUUUAAGCGUUGAGAGGAUUCCAUCGCCUGAUUGGCCACUGCGUUCCAGAAAUCAACAUUUAUCUCUGUGAUUGGCUAAACUGCUCAAUGCUGAAAAAACAAAGUGCCAUUAGAAACCUUUGACACUUUGCUGAGUGCGCGCACAAAUAUGGUGCGCUUAAAGCUGCGGUAGGGAACUUUUGACGCUCUAGCGGUUAAUAAACAGAACUGCUUGCGUCUUGUGGAAGAACAUCGUAGCUGGAACUAC